AAUGCUGACUUAUCAAAAUGGCACUGCUUAUAACAGUCAUAAUUCGAUAAGGGCACAAACGCGCCCCACAAAUUGUCCUCCUAAUCAUUCGCGAAUUAUCACGCAACUAAUUAAGAUGUUCGCUAGGCAAUUUAAAAUUAAUUUCUUGCGCAAAUUGCCGAUCUCGCGCUACUCUCCGACAUAUAAACGCCUACUUAGCGCAUCUUUAACUGAGGGAAAUGUAGUCGUCGUGCAGCAACCGAAUGGCGGCGAACCGUUACAAUUUCCCAGCGUUUGGCUACGCGAUAACUGUCAAUGCAGUGUAUGUUUUCAUGAUAACACGAAGAGCCGACAAGCCAAUUGGAAGCGUGCUAAUGUGGAGACACGCAUUCGAAGUAUAAAUGGCAGCAAUGAAAAUAAUGCGUUAACAAUAGAUUGGCAGGAUGAUCAUAAGUCCACUUUUACAUUAGCUUGGCUACAAGAUAGAGACUUUGCGCCAACAAAUCGCAAGCGCUACAUUGAAGAAGUAUAUAAGCCAACGUAUCAAUUGUGGGCAAAAUCAGAAUUCAAAAACGUUUUGCGCACUUUCGAGUUUAUAGAUGUAAUGACACAGGACAAAGUACUUUUGGAAUGGCUGGAGUCUCUGGCAAUACAAGGGUUUUCUAUAAUCAAGAAUUCACCACAUAAUGUUACUGUAGCUAGGCAAUUGGCUGAUCGUAUUGGCUACAUAAAACGCACUACUUAUGGUGAAGAAUUCGAAGUAAAGUCCAAAAACAACGCACGUAACUACGCCUAUAUGAUGACACCACUGCCCUUACAUACGGAUAUGCCAUAUUACGAAUAUAAAGCAGGCAUAAAUAUAUUGCACUGCUUGGUGCAGUCGCAAUCGCAGGGCGGCAGUAAUCUGAUGGCAGACGGGUUUUAUAUCGCCGAAAAACUGCGCAAAAAAUUCCCGAAAUUAUUUGAAAUACUAGUAAAGACACCAGUUGACUGGUAUGACAUUGGGAAAGAUGGCGAUAUGUCGUUCCAUAAUAUAUGGCGUGCACCCACGAUUUGUCUGGACGUGGAUGGUCGUUACCAUCGCAUAAAUGAGAACAGCACAAAGCGAGAUAGUCAUUUCACUGUGCCUCUGGGGCAGGUAGCACCUUGGUACGAAGCUUAUGACAAAUUCGUCGAAUUAGCAUAUGCUGAAGCUGUCGAUUUCAAAACUGCGCCUGGUGACGUUUUUGUAUUUAACAACUUGCGUAUGCUGCAUGGACGUACUGCGUAUGAAGAUUCGCCCGCCAACAAGAGGCAUUUAAUCGGUGCAUAUGUUGACUGGGAUAUAAUUUAUUCAAAAAUACGUAUUAUUAGGUCCAAAAAUGCUAUUAACUAUUAAAAUAAAUGAUAGCAUGUUAAUCCAUGAACGUUUAUGUUCUAAAUUAA